UCGAGGCUGUCAGCUGGAAGUCUUUUGUUACCCUCGCUCAUCACGACCACCCCACAGGAAUAAUGGCAAACAUGAAGCCCGUCACAUAACAGCGAGUUUUCCGGGGGUUUCUGGGGCUCUCAGGUCACGGCAGCAGCUGAAAAGGCUUUUUAAGGGAGACGCUGCUGCCCCCCGAACCAUAAAAGAAGGUGGAGGGGGGACACACUGGACAGGAUGAGCGAGGGUCCGAGGAAGCGGAGCGGCAGCACCAGCGGCAGCGGCGGCGGCGGGGGGAGUAAGUCGGAGCCGCCGGACUCUCUGUUGCCUGAGGGGGAAGAUGCGGAAGGAAGCUCCGGAGUAGCUCUGAAAAAACAAAUAGGCCUAGUCAGCGCCUGUGGUAUUAUAGUGGGCAACAUCAUUGGCUCUGGGAUCUUUGUGAGUCCAAAGGGGGUUCUGGAGAAUGCCAGCUCAGUGGGUGUGGCCAUCAUUGUGUGGGUCACCACUGGAAUUAUCACAGCCAUUGGUGCUCUCUGCUAUGCAGAAUUGGGUGUGACCAUCCCCAAGUCAGGGGGAGACUACUCCUAUGUCAAAGACAUCUUUGGAGGUCUGGCUGGGUUUCUGCGUCUGUGGAUUGCAGUGUUGGUGAUCUACCCCACUAACCAGGCUGUGAUUGCUCUCACCUUCUCUAACUACGUCCUGCAGCCUCUCUUCCCCUCCUGCCUUCCCCCAGAGAUUGGGCUUCGUCUGCUGGCUGCCGUCUGCCUGUUGCUGUUGACAUGGGUGAACUGCCACAGUGUGCGCUGGGCCACGUGUGUCCAAGAUGUCUUCACCACUGGCAAGCUUUUGGCCCUGGGCCUCAUCAUAAUCAUGGGUUUCAUCCAAAUUUGCAAAGGUCACUAUUACUGGUUGGAGCCAGCACACGCCUUUGAGACCUUCCGUGACUAUGAUGUUGGUCUCAUAGCUCUGUCCUUCCUGCAAGGCUCCUUUGCUUAUGGAGGCUGGAACUUCCUCAACUACGUCACAGAGGAGCUGGUAGAUCCGUACAGGAAUCUACCACGUGCAAUCUUCAUCUCUAUCCCUGUGGUCACCUUUGUUUAUGUGUUUGCCAACGUGGCCUACGUCACAGCCAUGAGCCCCCAGGAACUGCUGGCCUCUAAUGCAGUAGCAGUGACAUUUGGAGAGAAAUUGCUGGGAGUAAUGUCAUGGAUCAUGCCCAUCUCUGUGGCGCUCUCCACCUUCGGGGGAGUCAAUGGCUCCCUCUUCACGUCGUCGCGACUGUUUUUUGCCGGAGCAAGGGAAGGCCAUCUCCCAUGUCUGCUGGCCAUGAUUCAUGUCACACGCUGCACGCCUAUUCCAGCAUUGCUGUUCACCCUGAUCUCCACUCUGCUGAUGUUGUGCACCAGUGACAUUUACACCCUCAUAAACUAUGUGGGUUUCAUCAACUACCUCUUCUAUGGUGUCACUGUCGCUGGGCAGAUAGUGCUGCGCUUCAAAGAGCCUGACAUGUAUCGACCCAUCAAGGUGAGCCUCGUAUGGCCAGUGAUCUACUUGCUGUUCUGGGCCUUCCUGCUGGUCUUUUCCCUCUACUCUGAGCCCGUGGUCUGUGGUAUUGGACUGGCCAUCAUGAUGACCGGUGUCCCUGUGUAUUUCCUGGGAGUCCACUGGGAAAACAAGCCACAGUGUUUUGAUGUUUCUUUUGGUAAAAUGACUCAUCUAUGCCAAAAGCUCUGCUUAGUUGUCUACCCAGACAUGGCGGAGAACCCAGAGCCGAAUGGACCGCAAAAGAAAGAUGGAGGUGGAGAAGAUAAACAAAGCUCACAAAUGGCUAAUUGAACAUGCACACAGACAAGUCCUCGCACUCAGAUGUUGUACGAGGGUGAAGGGGGGAAAAAAAGACGCCUGGGGAAGAACCCCAGAAAGAUGAGUACACUUAUUCACUUAAUGAGAAUGUUAACACUCUGAUAUGGUCUACAGCACUGGACUUUCUUGCUCGGUUUCUGACUGGCCUUAAUUCUGGGCACAGCUGUUUCAGCGUAUGGUCUGAGAAUAGGUGUUUGAGAUGAAAUGUCACUUACACUGAACAGAAAUUAUGAAUCGUGGUCAAGUGUUUUUUUGUUUUCACCUCACUAUUUAAACUAUCUCCCUUUUGUUUGUCUUGAGCAAUGUAUUGUGUGUGAUUUGUAAGUCUGGGAGCCAGUGGAAAAAUAUUUUAAUGUGUUUUCAUAAGCCUAUCAUAAAGUUGUAUAUAUAAUUCAUACCCUGUGUGUUGUUUAUGCUAUCACCUCUUUACAGCAACACUAAAAUUAAAUUUUCCAUAUGG